GAGUUUUGUCAGUGGAUGAACAAUGACAACGGAUUUACCUUUGAGACCCAGAUACCGUUAACUGUGGCCCUGGAAAUCAAGGACCCCAACCCCACUGUGUACCAGCUGAGAAGCCCCCAAUCCAGCGACACUUCUGUCUGCCUAUUCACCGAUUUUGACUCAAAUCAAGUCAACAUGAAACAAAUCAUGGGGUCCGAGGGGAGCACGGUGCACAAAACAAACAGCACCGUGCUCAACAUGGAGAUCCUGGGAUCCAAGAGCAACGGGAUAGUGACUUGGGGAAACACCAGUGAUGCUGGAUGCGCAGAAACCUUCAACGAGACCAUUCACUUCGCCCCCAGCUCCGAGAUCCCCUGUAAUGCCAAGCUGGUAGAGAAAAGCUUUGAAACAGAUAUAAACCUAAACUCCCAAAACCUGUCAGUGAUAGCGUUCCGCAUCCUCCUCCUGAAGGUGGUCGGGUUUAACCUGCUCAUGACGCUGCGGCUCUGGUCCAGUUGAGGUCACCAACAACCUGAGAGCCUCGUGCUCCCUCGCCCCUUGCUCCUCGUCGCCCUUCCUCUCCCUCUUCAAGCAGAGAGGCGCACUCUCUGCCCCCAUGGAUGAGAAGGCUCCCUCCUCCUCUCUGGCCUGGCUGGCCAUACCACCAACUGGAUCCUCCAGAUACUGGUGAUCAAGAUGCUGACAAGCUGCCCAGCACGGCUGCCACCCACUCCCUUCCUCACUGCUGCUUGUCACUGCCUGGCAUUCUUGGCAAAGUCGGGGGGCUGCUGCAGCCUCUCCUGGCUGUGGGGACACUCCCUCCCCACCCCCACCCCCCAGAGACUGUCUCUGAUGUCCCACUGGAUGGUGGAUCCCCAGUGGGUUCUCUUGGGCUCUAGCUCCUGGAGAAUGUUGUGUGUUGUUUAUAUUUUUUUACAUAGUGUUCAUAAAAAAAUAUAUAUCACCCUUUUUCCCAACAUGUGGGGAAAAAUUAUCUUUUCACGAUCUAGGCCCUGCUCUGCUGUGUAUCCGAGCCACAUUGUAUAUUCUGCUGCCACGGCUUCAAUAAAAGCGAUUUGGAAGAGA